AUGACGGGUUUCUUUCCCAGUCCUCUUAAGGGUACGAAAGACGCCAGAGUUCUUGUUGAUGGGCAAAAAGUACCGAAAAGUAUGAAAGAUAUCUAUGCUCUCUCUGCAUCAUCAUUAUCAAGAAAGAAUCUCCAGCAAGCGGUGAAGAAUUCGAUUGAACCACACGACUAUAUGCUCUCAAUUUAUAAGACAUUUUCUGCCGCUGAAAAACUUGGGCUCAACGCAAGUUUUUUUCGCUCGUCAAAAGCUGCAAAUACUAUAACGAGUUUUGUGGACCAUGGACAAGAUGACCUUCUGAAUUCCCCUUUACAAAGACAGAAGUAUUUGUUUGAUGUCUCCACUCUGUCUGACAAAGUGGAGUUACUGGGUGCUGAACUGAGGAUAUACACAAAAGUCUCCGGAACUUUCAGAGCAUCAGAAACAGGACCCGUGGAACUUCAGUUACUUUCCUGUCAAUCUCAACAUGUUCUGGACUCCAAAACACUUGAUCUGGAAGACACGCAGAAGCCUAGAUGGGAGGUUUUGGAUGUCUGGGAGAUUUUGAAAGAGCGCCAGCACCACUCACAAGGGAAGCACUUUUGUUUGGAACUCAAGGCUACACUUGACAACCCUGAGAGGGAAAUUGACUUGCAGUAUCUUGGGUUUCACCGACAUGGCCGCCCUCAGCAAAAGAAAGCCAUCUUGGUGGUGUUCACAAGGUCAAGGAAGAGGCAAAGCCUUUUCUAUGAAAAAAGAGAGAAAAUAAAACUCUGGGGCCCUGAUAAAACAGCAAAGGAAAGGAGCUCUCAUUUUAAAUCCCGCCGGAGAAGGACCACACCGAACAACCGUCAUGGUAAGCGGCAUGGCAGAAAGGGUAAAUCCAGAUGUAGCAAGAAGCCUUUGCAUGUGAAUUUUAGAGAACUGGGUUGGGAUGAUUGGAUCAUAGCUCCUUUGGACUAUGAGGCAUACCACUGUGAGGGCGUGUGUGACUUUCCCCUGAGAUCACACCUAGAGCCAACCAAUCAUGCCAUCAUUCAAACCCUCAUGAACUCCAUGAACCCCAGUAACAUGCCACCCAGCUGCUGUGUACCAUCCAAACUCAGUCCCAUCAGCAUCCUCUACAUUGAUGCAGGGAAUAAUGUAGUGUACAAGCAGUAUGAAGAUAUGGUUGUGGAAUCGUGUGGUUGUAGGUGA